CUUGACGUUGUCAGGCUUGAAAUCGCCCGAACUGACCUGCUCCUCUAUCACACAAGCCGCAAUAAUGUCUCACCCUUCUUUGGUGCUUCUCAAUAGGCAUUUGGCACUCAAGGAAAACUCGCCCUUCACUCUUGUAAUUGAUUCGUUGGCGCAGUCUGCGCACCAUCUUCUUCGAGAGUUUGUUCACCGAUGCAACGGGUCUGUGAUUUACCUCUCAUUCGAAACAACGGUGAAACCCAAGUAUGCCACGAGCUUUAUGGACUGCUCUCGGGCAAACCUCAAGCAAAUACAGGAAUUCCUUCAUACUGAGGCUUCAACGAAGACACCAUCAUCGAAAUCCCUAAUCAUCAUUGAUUCCUUGAACUAUUUAGAAGACGAAACACAUGCCCUUUUUGUCUCUGGUAUAGUUCACCAAUCUUACUCGGUGGUAGCUUGCUACCAUAUUAAUGUGCCUACCGUGGAAUCAUCAGGAUAUCCUCAGCCAAUAAAACUUUUGUCAUAUAUUGCCCUGUCAAUAUUCGAGAUAGAACCCCUCCAGGUGCGUGAUCUGGAAGAGUUGGACAGCAAGAUUUCGAAGUUUCAGUUCCCAGCAAAUCUGGGCUUGAAUCUGACGAAGUUCAGAGUUAAUUUCACUAGUCGUCGGAAAUCUGGGAAGUCUCAAACCAAUUCAUUUAUAAUAGACACAGAUUCACAUAAUUAUGAGAUCUACAAGAAGACAAAAGACGAAGAUUUACAAGAGGAUGAAGAGUUACUCAAGGAUUUGACAACUUUCAACUUGACAACAAACUCGAAGCAGAAGCUAGCUAGAGAACAGGUGGAGCUACCGUUCAUGGAGGCGCAAACAGAAUUAGGCAAAUUUGGUGGAGCCAUUGUGUAUGAGUUCGAAAAGGAUGAUGAUUAUGAUGAAGAGGAUCCUUACGAAGAUCCUUUUUAGGUUCUUGAUUUUUUUAUCUUACGUAUUGAUAUAUGGCGAAGCGAGAAACAGAC